AGAUCUAAGUUUAUUUGUUAUGACCUUCUCCACCAUUCGUGGUUCCCUACCAACUUUAUUCCAACCGUUUUUCGUUACCUUCAUUUGCAGGCCCACAUUCACCUUGUCUUACUGUUACCUUAUCUCAAAUUUAAUUACUAGUAAUUGCUUUCACAUGAUAUACCUCUGAAUUGUAACGUGUCAGUUUCAUUUGGCACCACUUUGGAAGAGCUACCAAUUAGACACAACAGUGUUUGUGAUUUGGAACAAUGUCUGCUGCUGUGUCUGCUACCAAGGAUGUUCCCUUCAAUUUGGAGGAAGAGCUCAAAAACAAAGGAACCAACAAGGUUGUUGGGGAAACAAACCAAGUUUCUUACAAUGAUGAUGCUGAAGGGACUGAGUCAGAGGGAGAGGAAGACCCCAAGUUGGAAUUGUUGGAUCUUGGCCCUCAGUUUUCCCUAAAGGAACAGCUUGAGAAAGAUAAGGAUGAUGAAAGUUUGAGAAAAUGGAAGGAACAACUUCUGGGAGGUAUUGAUGUGUCUGCUGUUGGAGAGAACAAAGAGCCAGAAGUGAAGAUAGUGAGCCUCACCAUAAUAUGCCAAGGGAGGCCUGAUCUCAUUCUACCAAUUCCAUUUACUUCGGAUGCUAAGAAGAGUAUCUUCACCCUUAAGGAAGGAAGUCAAUACCGCUUGAAAUUCUCCUUCACUGUCUCCAACAACAUUGUUUCUGGCCUCAAAUACACCAAUGUUGUUUGGAAAACUGGGGUAAGAGUGGACAACACAAAGAUAAUGUUGGGAACUUUUAGCCCAAGGCAGGAACCAUAUACAUAUGAAUUGGAAGAAGAAACUACCCCUUCAGGGUUGUUUGCUAGGGGAACGUAUUCAGCUAGAACCAAGUUUGUAGAUGAUGAUCGCAAAUGCUACUUGGAUACUAGUUACCACUUUGAUAUUCAGAAGAGUUGGCCUACACCCAUCUAAGAUUGAAUCUGAAGUAACUUAUUGGUGGAUUUUCUUUCUUCCUUUGUCAUGUUGUAUCUUUCUGGGACAGAUUGAAAUCCAACUUUUUGUUUAUUAAAUCCAGAUAGAGCAAUUGUGCACAUGCAUGCUACAUGAUUGAUGGUGCUAAUUCUCCCCUUCUAUUCUAUGGUUCCUUUUUUUCA